AUGCUUGCUCGUUAUGACAGUCGAACAGAGCCGGGCAGAGGUUCGAGAGCGGAGGCCGACAUGGGGACCGGCGCGAGUGCCGGCAAGUUUGCUCUCCCGAAGGGAGAUGAGGCAGGCCACGAUGGAGGCGAUGACAUUGCGUGCGAGGAGGACGAGGAUAUCGAGCUUCCGAAGCAGGCAUUGAGGCAGUAUGCGGAAGGGACGGUGGAAGCAGGUCCAGCUCAGCAAGAGCUGAAGGACUGGUGGACAAAGAGGAUGGCGCGGGAUCCUCUCACCGAUCCCGGGGAUCUGCUGCGGGACGCACUCAGCGCGCUGAGCGCGCAGAAAUCCAGUACCUACGGCAAGGGCAUCGAGCUGCUGGUAAGCGCCCUCCCCAUUGCGGAUGGGGAAACUGCUCUGAAGGCUGCCAUGAACAACGGGAACAAGGCGCUCUUGUUCAAGGUGAUGGAGGUCAUCCCGCCGGAGGCGAUCGAGACCUUGCAGGACACCACAUGGCUGCUGAACUCUGCGCUGCCCUCCUUCUUCGACUUUGAGGGGAAGUGGAAGUUCGACUUCUUUGAGAAGGAGCUGCUCCCUCGGGCCGAGAAGGCGCUGCUCUCGGCAGCGGAACGCAGGGACGAGGUAGGCAGGUGCCUGCUGCUCAACGAGCAGUUCGAGAACCAGAGUUUUCCCGCGAUGGCCUGCUUGAUAUCUUUGGGUGCCGACAUCACUGGGGUCCUCACCCCGCCAGAAGCGAUCAGCGUCCAGGCGAUCUACAAGCAGUGCUUGGCGAAAGUGCAGCUGUGGCCCACGCAUCAGCGCCUCUGCAAAGCGAUUGCUCGUGGAGAUUCCGCGGAGGUCAAGCAGAUCCUGAAAGAGGAAGCGGAUCCCAACUUUGACCACGUGGAAGGGGACGCGAGCACUGCGACGCCCUUGGUGCUGGCGAUGCGUAAGACCUUCGAGGGGCGGUGGGCGGAGUAUCUCUUCGGGUUCAAGCUACCCCACCGGUGGGACAGUGUGCAGUCCAAGAGCAACUUGGAGGUGAUCAAGGAGCUCUUAGCGUCGCCGAGCAUCGAUCCCAACAGAGGUGCUUAUUCCUACGGCUGGCAUGGGUCAUGUGUUCGCCUCAGCCCCUUGGGCAUGGCUAUGAUCCAGGAGCUGGACACUGGGUCUUGCUACCACAACGCACAGUCGGACCAAGAGUUGGUGGCGCCCCGGAGGGACAUCUUGCAGCUCUUCUUGGACCACCCAGACACGGACUUGGAGCAUGUCUACUACCAACAGUUCGAAGAAGGCGAGCCAGAACAGCGCGGCGCCCUGGGUCUGUUGGAUCGUGACUACCGUGUUGGCAAGGACUACCUGGCAGCGCAGAUGCUCAUGCAAGCGGGGGCGCUGAUGACUCCUGCCUGGAAGAGAAACCUGGAAGAGCUAGAUUCGACCGUGAAGGAUCUGCAAGCGGAACUGGAGAAGAGCCUGGAGGAAGAGAAGGAAGCGAGGCCUGCUGAACUUCCAGAGGUGGAAUACCAGGAUGACGUCGAGUACACACCCCAUGAGAAGUUGGACGGGGAGCUGGUUGUGGAGGGGAUCAGCCUCAAGCCGCAAUUUGUAGGCGCGAAGGCUCCGCCUUUGUCUGCAAUUCUGCAGAGCCGCCUCAAGGACAUGGAAGGAGUCAAGGCGUGGUACUCGGUGGUGCGAAAGGGCUCCAACGUGCUGACGGAGCCCAAGAGCUUCCCGGCCGCCUUCUGCCGGGUGGCCGCCGCGCUGAGGAAGGCCAUGGGCAAGGUGGGGCUCUGCAAAGUUCUGGACUUCCUGGAGUUCUUCGAGUUCAACCGACCCAAGGAGACUGGCUCAAGAAGCGCCCACACUGUUCGGAGUUCCGUCAGGCGCCUUCCAAAGCCGACUGGCAGAGCUCCGUGGACAUCUUUGGGCGCCCCGUGUCGGAGCCCUUCUACCAUCUGCAUCUGCUUCUCCGGUCCUUCAACGACGGGGACCCCAGCGAGCGCGAAGAGAAGGCCAAGGCGCGCGCCGAGCGCGAAGCGCAGGCCCCGCCGGCCGCGGAAGAGGCUUCCAGUUGCUGGGCGAAAGACGGGAAGCUGGCCCCAGCGGGUGGAGGAGGAUGACGAGGAGUACUGAUUGAAGACAAGCGGAGUCCUCAUAGAGGCCUCAUGUUUAAUUCAUUGGCGGGCCAGCCUCAGAUUCUUGGCACGGCAUCCAAGAUGCAUUGCCCUGCACUUUGGACUUGCCCAUGGCUGCAUUGCUGGCACUUACGCAUGCUGCGGCCAGCCCACAUGCGGAACAUAUUUGGGACA